AUGGCGCCAAACCUUCAACCUCAACCCCAGUCUCAACUUCAGCGUCCGCGUCUGAAAGAUCACAGACCGUGGUCAGGACUCUCAAAUAUCUCAAAACGGUCUUUUAGAUCUUGCGCAACUUCUGCUUUCGAGGCCGACGACGAGCGAUCCUCUAGCGACGGCGAUAUGAGCCCUCGCAAUAGUGAGGCUGACUUGCGACGGCCAGUCGUGCCGCGUCACUCUGGCCAUGAUGCUCGUCCGACAAGCCGGAAAGAACUUUUAGGAUGGUAUGCGUAUGCGUUCGCCGCCGAAACAUAUGUGAUUUGUGGAAUUGCUUCCUUUAUCCCCAUACUGCUCGAAACUCUUGCCAGAGAGAACGGUGUGCUUGUUUCUGACCGAAAAACACCAUGCGGGUCGAGUGAUAGUAAAAACGAUGGCGAUGGACAAUGCAUUGUCUGGGUGUUCGGAAUGGAGAUCAACACUGCCAGCUUUGCCAUGUACACCUUCUCAGUGAGCGUCUUAGUCCAAGCCCUGCUUGUUGUAAGUAUCAGCUGUGCUGCCGACCAUGGAAACUACCGCAAGAAGCUUCUCCUCACUUUUGCUUGGAUUGGAAGCUUCGCGGUCAUGUCCUACAUCUUCAUCACCAAAGACAACUACAUCCUCGGUGCUCUCUUGACCGUCAUUUCCAACACCUCCUUUGGCGCAUCGUUUGUAUUACUAAACUCCUUCCUCCCAUUGCUUGUGCGAUACCACCCCGAUGUUAUUGAGGCCAAUGUUGCCACCACCCCGGAUCUCGACAGCUCGGAAUUUGAGUCGCGUCCUCUGGAUCAAUCAGUAGGUCAACUUGAGUCAUCACCAGUUACGGCAACGUCACCUCUGUUACAUCCCGAGGAUGGCGGACGACUAAAGCCCACUGCAAGCCAUGCAGAGAUAACAUCCAAAGAGCUAGAGCUAUCAACGCGCAUAUCAGCGAUUGGAAUCGGGACUGGAUAUAUCGCAGCGCUGUUUCUACAAUGCAUUUGUAUUGGUGUCCUCAUCUCACUGCACAAUACGACAUGGGGCCAAAGAGUUGUGUUGUUCAUGGUUGGAGUCUGGUGGACGGUUUUCACUAUUCCUGCUGCCAUGUGGUUGCGACCCCGUCCUGGGCCUCCCCUAGCAGACAAUGGCCGGAAAGGCAUCAUGGCAGGGCUCGCAUACAUCCUCUACGCCUGGAAGAGUCUCUUCAAAACAAUUCAGCAGGCUAGACGUCUGUUGGAUAUUGUUUUGUUCCUUGCUGGGUGGUUUCUAUUAUCUGAUGCAAUCGCAACCACGUCAUCCACCGCCAUUUUGUUCGCCAAGACCCAACUCCACAUGAAGCCAUGGGCACUGGGUAUGAUCAAUGUCAUUUCAACGACUGCAGGGGUCUUCGGCGCGUUCGGAUGGUCGUGGGUAUCGCGACUAUUCAACCUCAAAGCCCAUCAGACCAUCCUCGUUUGCAUCGCGUUAUUUGAACUGAUCCCUCUGUACGGUUUACUAGGAUAUCUCCCAUUUGUCAAGAACUGGGGGGUUUUUGGACUCCAACAACCAUGGGAGAUGUACCCGUUGGCUGCUGUGUAUGGAGUCGUCCUUGGAGGCUUGAGUGGUUACUGUCGUUCUCUAUACGGCGAGCUCAUUCCACCUGGAUCCGAGGCGGCCUUUUACGCGCUUUACGCCAUCACGGACAAGGGCUCCAGUGUUUUUGGGCCGACGAUCGUGGGCGCCAUUAUUGACAGGACCGGCACAAUACGUCCUGCUUUUUGGUUCCUCGCAGUUUUAGUUGGCUUUCCAGCGCCUCUGAUAUGGUUCAUUGACGUUGAACGAGGCAGACGGGAAGGCGCCAAGCUUGCAAAGUCCAUCACAGACUCGAUUGUACAAGAAGAGGAUGGAAGUGAUGAUGGAGCUGAGCGCCGUGGAAUGUUGUCAGAUUAUGAGAGAGAACAUGGACAAAGCAUUGAUGAUGAGCGUGCAGGUCGCUGA